CUAUAAACAGUAAGAAAAUACCAGUAACGGCAAAUAGCAAAUGUUAGAUUACAAAUGUAUACUGUGUGUGGUGUAAAACGAUUGUUUAUAGUUUGAGCAUGAAACUAUAAACUGACAUUUUUAUAGAUACCAAGUCUUUUUAGCAAGGUGGGAAAGUAAAAUAUUUGAUAGAAAGAUACACACUUUGGAUGAAGUGUCUUUAGAUCGAGUGCAGAGUUUCUUAAAUCCAGUGUCCAGGCGAAAACGACGCAGGUUACGCAGGAUCUGCGGUGAUAGGAGCAUGAGCAUCAUUAUCUGUCGGCAAAAUCCAGCGCAAUGAGCCGCCCCUUUAACUGUGGAGGAGGUGGGCUAAUAUAAUUCUCUUCAGCGGACUCCACACAGAAUGCAGCAGAAUCCGUACCUUUAAAGUGUACCCCUGCUGUACGCUAAUACUGCUACCUGGGGGGAAGAAAUUAAAAAGGAAUAAACACCGUUUAUUCACCAAGAUGGUUUCCUGGAUCAUCUCUAGAUUAGUGGUCCUGGUGUUUGGGACCCUGUAUCCCGCCUACUCCUCCUACAAGGCAGUGAAGACCAAGAAUGUCAAAGAAUACGUGAAAUGGAUGAUGUACUGGAUAGUCUUUGCCUUCUUCACCACAGCAGAGACUCUCACUGACAUCAUUCUGUCCUGGUUCCCGUUUUAUUUUGAGCUGAAGAUCGCCUUUGUCAUCUGGCUGCUGUCUCCCUACACCAAGGGCUCCAGUGUGCUCUACCGCAAGUUUGUCCACCCCACACUGUCCAACAAGGAGAAGGAGAUCGAUGAGUACAUCACGCAGGCCCGGGACCGGAGCUACGAGACCAUGAUGCGGUUCGGAAAGAGGGGACUGAACCUGGCCGCUAAUGCAGCCGUGACAGCUGCCACCAAGGGUCAGGGCGUGCUGUCGGAGAAGCUGCGCAGCUUCAGCAUGCAGGACCUGACGCUCAUCCGGGACGAGGAAGACCUGCACCUGCGCAGCUCCGACCCCCGUCUGCGCAGCUCUGCAGCCAGCCUGCUGGACUCCAUCAGCGACUCGGGAGGGGGGGGCACCUCCCCCCGGGGCAAAGCCCGCGCCACGCCCACUGCAGCCGACGAGUCGCACGGCCACAAGCCCGAUGGGGACCAGUCAGAUGCCAGGACAGAGCAGUCCGACGAGGAUGCAGCAGAGAGGCCGCCGAAACGCACUGCGAGUGUCAAAGCAACCAAGAAACCUGCCGCGAAGACUGAGGCGCAAACUAAGACGGUGAAGAGGCAGCCGAAGAAGAAGGCCACGCCCGCAGGCAGCGGCAACGCAGAGACUGCGUGAGCCGAGCCCCUGCUGCCAGUCCACGCUGCCCCUGUGUCCGUCUGCCUGGCUUUCACCCGCACACACUCUUGCACUCUCAGACGCCCCCAGGACGCCCCGUUUAAGUUACCAACGCAGGUUUUAAUGGCAAAGCCGGCCCAGUUCCCAGUUGCUUUCCGCCUUUUUCCUUUUUGGGGGGGGGGGAUCGUCAUUGUAUUGCUUCCUCAAACGCUUUUCUCCGGAGCUCCGUGUUUUAUGGUUUGUGCCCAUCUGUGAUGGCGGCGGCCAUGCUUGACCCCCAAAACGACCUGUACAGCUGAGAGACAGGGGGGUCCCAAGGGGUGUGGCUGUCCCCCACUCUGUGGUCAUCUGAGAAAGGGCAAGAUGUGUGUGCCAGGGCUGCACGCAGGCCGCACCAGACGAGACAGCGCCCAGGGCGCCACGGGCCUUGUUAGGCUUUUAAUUCGAUUUCUUCAGUGUUUUGUCUUUCCUGAGGGGGUGGGGGGGGGGGAUAUUUUGGGAAUAGAGAGAGAAACUGGAACAAGGAAAGAGCGGUGUGGAGAUGGAGAGGGAGAUAACAAGUACAGGGGUCAGGACCCCAGGUUUGUGUGCCGAAUUCCUCACAGCCCCCACGCACACAAGAGUUUUGGGGUGCUAAGGAAGACAUUUUUAAGCUGGUGUAUUUAUUCUGAAACGAGGGAUCCACAGGCAGCAUGAGUCUGAAGUCCGAGCUGUGGAUUGUAGUGUUAGUGAAGGAUCCACACAAAUAAGUUUCUUUUAUCUUUGGUUUUGGCUUGUUGUAGCAUUAGGCUUAACUGCGGUCCUGUACCGCCUGCUUCGAGAGCAGGAUUUUACAAUCAGUCCUCACUGGGCUUUGAUGUGUCUGUGGAUCCGUCAUGUAAGCAGAAAUGCAAUUUCUAGAAAUCGCUCUAUAUAUAUUCUGUACUGUAAAUGUACAAAUAGGAACUGUAUUAAAUGUAUAUAACAUGUAUAUUAAGCGAUAUGUACUGUAUAUAAUGGAAUGGAUAUACGGUAUAUAUGAAACUGUGUAUUGCAGCCACUAACUAACUUUUAGGCCAAUAGGGGGCAGUAGUGAGUCCACUCUGAUUGCAAUUUAUUUAUUUAACCGGUUGUGUUUUUUUUACCUGCUUGUGAUUGGCACUGAGGUCAAGGGUCAGACUAAGCUUGGCGGGGGACCCCGGUGUUGGGGUCCUGUGUUUUGGGGGGUUUGAAAGCUGUUACCCGUGCAGCUGUCACUGCUGGCCCUGUCAGUAGGGACGUGACGGGGGGGUGUUGCUCUGUGGCGAGUGGGCCUGUCCCAUGACCUUUGUAAAAAAAACAAAUCCGUGCAGUUUCCUUUUGUGCGGUUAAUAUUAACCUGAAUAUCACAUUUUAGUAAACAGAUUGGCGAUUUUGGAGAAGCUGGGGUUUCCAGCCAGAGUGCUCAAUUAAACAAUUAACAUAGUUGUUUUAAUAACAGGCCUGCUCACCUGUGUGCCGAUCACAGCCACAGAGAGAACGCGGAUCCUAACGGAUCGAACCAAACCGACAUUUUAAGCACCUCAGGUUGAGCCUGUGGGCCGGGCUGUACUGUGAUCCGAACACCUGCAGAUCACAUACAGCUUUUCUCAUCAGCGUAGCCUCCGGCAGAACUGAGCCCCGCUCUCCCAGAACUGGAGCCUGGGCGCCGCGUCCCUGCAGACGUUUCGACUUCGCCGAGAGAGGGGCAGAAUCGUCCAGGAAGAGUUGGGAUGAUCCCGACUUUAGGGAACAGGGUCAGUGUGAUCUUUACAGUGCGUCUUGGAAGAACCAGCGCAGACGUGCCUGCAGCUGAGCCUCUGAACAACUGGCGGGGUCGAAACGUGAGGGGUCUUAACGAGAACCUGACAUUUUUAUUUGUGGAAGCGUCUUAAAUCUUUUUUUUUUCCAGAAUAAAUAUUUUGUGUUUUGAUGAA